AUGUUAUAUAGGACAGAACAGCCUUGUACUCCUACAGUUGAUAAUGAAGAGGAAACGAUCAAUGAAAAAAGACUAAUAGCAGAAAACAAAAAUGUAACGAAGACACCUCAGGCUGCUCGUCCUCGGUCACUUCAGCGCGAGGUGCAAGAAGCCGGGAAGCAAGUGAAGGAAGCAGCUGGUUUACUGCAGCAAAGCAUUAAAAAAAGGGAUUGUCAAGCCUCCCAAGACGACUGUGACAUAUAUGCGUUAGGGUUAGCGAAGAAAUUGCGAGCAUUCUCUGAAGAGGAAAGACUGGAAAUUAUGUAUGAUCUCGAUGGUAUGAUUCUCAAUCGCCACCGUGCAAAGCAUCCAAACAGGUUUACAUCCACUACAUUUAUUGCACCUUCACAAUACAGUCGAUGUUCGUCUCCUAUGUCUUCCUGUUCAGAACCGUUGUCCCGCGAAGUUCUUUAUAGUCAGAAUACGCUCAUGGGAUAUUCCGAACCAGCACAAGUUCAUGUGCCACAAGAACAAGAUACACGCCAAAUUUAUUCCAAAGCAUCAGAAAUUUCUCAAUCACAAUAUACAGAUGCAGAAACUGGGUCAAACAUAAACAUAAAUUCAAACCAGGCCGUGGGAGGUGAUCAUCUGUCUGACAUUAUUGCUCAAGCCUAUAAUACUGCUUAA